ACUGGAGGAUUUGGAUAGAGAAGAGGGAGAAAGGGAAAUAUUUUUUUUAACUGGGCAGCCAUCUUUUAUUUUAUUGAGAGCAUAUUAAAAGAAAAUUAGCCUCACCGUCAGUGGACGCCUCCUCUGAAGCUGAAAAUCUGAGCAUUCAGAGGGUUAAGUUUCAGGACUUUAUUCCUGUAUCUCGGAUGUGAUUUUCUUGUUAUGCGGUAAAGAUGCCCGGAUCGCUAAGCAAUGAAGAUGAGGGACAAGACGAUAUGGAUUUUGAGGACGACGUGCCAGAUGAGGAUGAGGAAGGUGAACGUAGGAGGAGUGUUCCCCUGACACCCUUAGAGAGGUUCUUCUCUGAGGAUGAUUCGGUUAAACAACAUAAAAAGAAGAAACCCAGCAAGAUAAUGGAAGGAAAGGAACCCAAAGUUAAGAAAAAGAAGAAGAAGGAGGGGCUUCCUAGUGGGCUAGAUGACAUGUCAGACAGAGAGGAUCAUGGUCACAGGUCAGGAAGUGAGAGCAGCACCUUCAGCUCCCUGAAGAAGAAAAAGAAAAAGCCCAAAGAGAAGAAGGAGAGGAAAACAAAACAGCGAAAGAAAGAUGAUGAUGAGGAUGAUGAUGAUGAUGACGAUGAUGGAAACUUAAAGGAGCCAAAGUCAUCCAGUCAGCUGAUGCAAGAGUGGGGUCUUGAAGAUGUGCAGUAUGUCUUCUCAGAGGACGACUAUAAAACCAUAACCAACUACAAAGCCUUCAGCCAGUUUCUUAGACCUCUCAUUGCCAAGAAGAACCCCAAGAUCCCCAUGUCAAAAAUGAUGACGGUGCUUGGAGCAAAGUGGAGAGAGUUCAGUGCAAACAAUCCUUUCAAAGGCACCUCUGCAACUGCUGUAGCGGCUGCUGUAGCUGCUGCUGUGGAAACUGUCAAUGUGGCUCCGCCCAUCUGUAUUAGAAGUAUCCAACAGAUCUCACCAUCUGGCCCAAUCAAAAAAGCCAAAACCAAAGAGGGAAAGGGGCCUGGUGCUAAAAAAAAAAGUAAGCCAGUGAAAGAAACAAAAAAGAAAGGGAAACAGAAGAAGUCCAAAUCGAAAGCAGGCCAGGGUGGAAAAAGGAAAAAAGGCUCUUCGAGCGAGGAGGAUUUCCUGGAUGACUUUUCAGACUUUGAUGACAUCAGCAUUCACAGUGCCUCUGUACGCUCAGACACUUCAGUGGCACCCAAAAAGAAGUCAGCCCGCCAAGGACGAAAAAAAAGAAAAAGAGAGGAUGGAGACGGCUACGAGACAGACCAUCAAGAUUACUGUGAGGUUUGUCAGCAGGGAGGAGAGAUCAUUCUAUGUGACACCUGUCCCAGAGCAUAUCACCUGGUGUGUCUGGAUCCAGAACUGGAGAAAGCCCCUGAGGGCAAAUGGAGCUGCCCCCACUGCGAAAAAGAAGGCAUUCAGUGGGAGGCCAAAGAUGAUGAGGAGGAGGAAGACGAGGUUGCUGGUGAGGAGGAAGAUGACCACAUGGAGUUCUGCAGAGUGUGUAAGGACGGAGGAGAGCUGCUGUGCUGUGACACCUGCCCUUCCUCCUACCACAUCCACUGUCUCAACCCACCACUUCCUGAAAUUCCCAAUGGAGAAUGGCUCUGUCCACGAUGCAUGUGUCCACCGCUAAAAGGCAAAGUCCAGAAGAUUCUGCACUGGGCGUGGAGCGAUCCUCCUCUACCACCUGAGGUUCCCUUUGGGCGAGAUGGAGAGAAGGUGGAUGGUUUGGCCAAAAUGCCCCUGAAGGGUCGUCCAGAGAGGCAGCUGUUUGUGAAAUGGGCUGGGCUGUCCUACUGGCACUGCUCCUGGGUCAGCGAACUACAGUUGGAGCUAUAUCACUCAGUAAUGUACCGUAACUACCAGCGGAAGAACGACAUGGACGAACCACCACCAUACGACUAUGGCUCUGGGGAAGAGGAACUUAACAGUGAGAAGAGGAGGAGCAAAGACCCUCAGUAUGCAGCCAUGGAGGAACGAUUCUACCGUUACGGCAUCAAGCCGGAGUGGAUGAUCAUUCACCGGCUCCUCAACCACAGUUUUGAUAAGGAUGGAGAUGUACACUACCUGAUUAAGUGGAGAGAUUUGCCGUAUGAUCAGUGCACCUGGGAGGCUGAUGACUUUGACAUCCCAGAUUAUGACAGCUUUAAACAAGCCUACUGGGACCACAGGGAUCAUGUGCUCGGUGAAAGCCAUCACCCCCUGCUGUUCAGAAAGGGAAAGAGACUCAAAGAGGAAGGAAAGAGGAGAGAACCUCCACCAGACACUCCAGUUGUGGAUCCUACCAUCAAGUUUGAACAGCAGCCAUGGUACAUUGAUGACACAGGGGGAACUUUGCACCCAUACCAACUGGAAGGCCUGAACUGGUUGCGAUUCUCUUGGGCCCAAGGAACCGACACAAUCUUGGCUGAUGAAAUGGGGCUUGGCAAGACUGUGCAGACUAUAGUGUUCCUGUACUCACUCUACAAAGAGGGUCACUCCAAAGGGCCGUUUCUGGUCAGUGCGCCACUCUCCACCAUCAUCAACUGGGAGAGAGAGUUUGAGAUGUGGGCUCCGAAUUUCUACGUUGUGACUUACAUAGGGGACAAAGACAGCAGGGCUGUCAUACGUGAGAAUGAAUUUACCUUCGAGGACAGCACCGUCAAAUCAGGUCGCAAGGUUUUCCGCAUGAAGAAGGAUGCACCGAUAAAGUUUCAUGUCCUGCUGACGUCAUAUGAACUGAUCACCAUUGAUCAGGCAAUACUAGGCUCCAUUACCUGGGCCUGUUUGGUUGUGGAUGAAGCCCACCGACUGAAGAAUAACCAGUCAAAGUUUUUCAGAAUUCUGAAUGGCUACAAAAUCUACUAUAAGCUGCUCCUGACAGGAACCCCUUUGCAGAACAAUCUCGAAGAGCUUUUUCACCUGCUCAACUUUCUCACCCCAGAGCGCUUCAAUAACCUGGAGGGCUUUCUGGAGGAGUUUGCGGACAUCUCGAAAGAGGACCAGAUUAAGAAACUACACGACCUGCUGGGGCCACACAUGCUCAGGAGACUGAAGGCAGAUGUGUUUAAAAACAUGCCGUCAAAAACUGAGCUUAUAGUGCGAGUAGAGCUCAGCCCAAUGCAGAAGAAAUACUACAAGUUCAUUUUAACACGGAACUUUGAGGCAUUGAAUUCCAAGGGAGGAGGGAACCAGGUGUCUCUUCUUAACAUCAUGAUGGACUUGAAGAAAUGCUGCAACCAUCCCUACCUGUUUCCAGUGGCUGCAAUGGAAGCUCCAGUCUUACCCAAUGGUUCUUAUGAUGGCAACCUCCUGGUGAAAUCCUCAGGAAAACUCACCCUGCUUCAGAAGAUGCUCAAAAAACUGAAAGAUGAAGGGCACAGGGUUCUCAUCUUCUCUCAGAUGACAAAGAUGCUAGAUCUGCUAGAGGACUUCCUGGAGUUUGAGGGGUAUAAAUACGAGCGUAUUGAUGGGGGCAUCACAGGGGGGCUGCGACAGGAGGCCAUCGAUCGCUUUAACGCACCCGGGGCUCAGCAGUUCUGUUUUCUGCUGUCUACACGUGCUGGAGGAUUGGGUAUUAAUCUGGCAACUGCAGACACUGUGAUCAUAUAUGACUCUGACUGGAACCCACACAAUGAUAUUCAGGCCUUUAGCAGGGCACAUCGUAUCGGGCAAAAUAAAAAGGUGAUGAUCUAUCGCUUUGUAACUCGGGCAUCCGUAGAGGAGCGUAUUACCCAGGUAGCCAAGCGAAAGAUGAUGUUAACCCAUCUGGUGGUGCGUCCCGGCUUGGGCUCUAAGACGGGCUCCAUGUCCAAACAGGAACUAGACGACAUCCUCAAGUUUGGCACUGAGGAGCUUUUUAAAGAUGACGUGGAAGCUGCCAAAGCGAUGGGUGAGCUGAAGUGGUUUAAGAUAAAGAUUUAGACACUUUGUGGAUUCCAGUAGUUCAUGUCCUAAAUCUCUUCAGCAGGAGAUAAUAAAGAAGGAGAUGAGGGCAGUGUGAUCCACUACGAUGAUAACGCCAUUUCCAAACUGCUGGACCGUAGCCAGGAUGCCACCGAAGACACAGAGAUCCAGAACAUGAACGAGUACCUGAGCUCAUUCAAGGUGGCUCAGUAUGUUGUGAGAGAGGAGGACGGAGAGGAAGAGGUCCAGAGGGAGAUUAUUAAGCAGGAAGAGAAUGUUGAUCCAGACUACUGGGAGAAGCUCUUGAGGCACCAUUACGAGCAGCAGCAGGAGAAUUUAGCCCGGAACCUGGGCAAAGGGAAACGCAUCCGCAAACAGGUCAACUAUAAUGACGCCUCUCAGGAGGACCAAGAGUGGCACGAUGAUCUUUCAGAUAAUCAAUCUGAGUACUCCGUCGGGUCCGAGGAUGAGGAUGAAGAUUUUGAGGAACGUCCUGAAGGAGGACGCAGACAAUCUCGCAGACAGUUGAAGAGCGAUCGGGACAAACCAUUGCCACCGCUGCUGGCUAGAGUUAGUGGAAGCAUAGAGGUUUUGGGAUUUAACGCCCGGCAGCGGAAAGCCUUCCUGAAUGCGAUUAUGCGCUGGGGUAUGCCCCCACAAGAUGCCUUCAACUCUCACUGGCUGGUCCGUGACCUGAGAGGGAAAAGUGAGAAGGAGUUCAGGUAUGUAAGUAUAGAAAUGACAUUUGCAGAUGGAGUCCCAAGGGAAGGCCUAUCCCGCCAACAUGUUCUCACCCGGAUUGGUGUCAUGUCUCUGGUCCGCAAGAAGGUUCAGGAGUUUGAGCAUGUGAAUGGGAAGUUUAGUACACCAGAUUUGAUUCCUGUGGGAUUGGAGCUGAAAAAACUUACUGAAAGUGUCUCAUCGGACCCCAAUACGCCUGUUCCUGCCAGUCCGGUUCCGACUCAACCCAGCACACCUGUUCCUUCAGAAAAGACAGGGUCAGUGUCCGGUUCUCAAGAAGACAAGGAGAUUACAGAACCAGAGAGUACCAAAUCGCUGGACCCUGAGCCAGUUAUGCCAGAACCCUCCACUGCACCAGAGAAAACCAAUGAGGGAGAAGAACCAAAAAGCGGAAGUCCAGAAGGAAAAGGAACGGAAGAGAGCGAGAAGAAUGACACCCCAAUUGUCCAUUCAGAGCCAUCGCCGCUUAAUAAACCUAGUGAGCAGUCAGCCAAUCAGACACCUUUAGACUGUGGUAAAGGGAAAGAAACUUCUCCGGAGAGAGGGGAAAAUAAACCCAGCCCAGCAAAAAUAGAUGAUAAGGAGCAAAAACCAGUUUCUGCAGCCAUUCCUGAUGAUUUAAAAUCUGAAGACCCCCCUGAGAACCAACUGAAUGGAGAGAAAGACACGAGGGACGACGUGGAUGAGAGCCACAGAGAUGACAAGAACAGCAUCAAGACUCGUUUCAUGUUUAACAUCGCAGAUGGAGGAUUCACAGAAUUACACACGCUAUGGCAGAACGAGGAACGCGCAGCUGUGUCAUCUGGCAAAAUGUACGACAUCUGGCACCGUCGCCAUGACUACUGGCUGCUAGCUGGCAUCGUAACACAUGGCUAUGCCCGCUGGCAGGACAUUCAGAACGACCCACGGUACACCAUCCUCAAUGAGCCUUUCAAGACUGAAAUGCACAAAGGGAACUACUUAGAAAUGAAGAAUAAAUUUCUUGCCAGACGUUUUAAGCUCCUGGAACAGGCUUUGGUAAUUGAGGAGCAGCUUCGGCGCGCGGCAUACCUGAAUAUGACUCAGGAUCCCAGUCACCCCACCAUGGCCCUCAACACACGUUUCACAGAGGUGGAGUGCCUGGCUGAGUCCCAUCAGCACCUCUCCAAAGAGUCACUGGCUGGUAACAAGCCAGCCAAUGCUGUGCUGCACAAAGUGUUGAAUCAGCUGGAAGAGCUGUUAAGCGAUAUGAAGGCUGAUGUGACGCGGUUGCCCUCCAUGCUUUCGCGGGUCCCACCCGUGUCCGCCCGGCUCCAGAUGUCAGAGCGGGGCAUCCUCAGCAGACUCACCAGCCGGGGCAACGAGCCGCCACCUCAGCAGCCUUUCCUUCAGGGCUCUUUCGGCUGUUCUCAGAUGUAUAAUAGCGGUUUCGCCGGAGGGUUCCGUGGACCUGGAGGCACUACGAUGGUGAACUACAGCCAGAUGCCCCUGGGGCCGUACGUCAGCGUGUCCUCAAACGGACCUCCGACCCCAACCAGCCACCUAGAGAAGAAGUCCAGUGAUGCUCUGCGAGAUGUGGCCACACCUGAUUUGAAAUCAGGCAAACCUAGCGAUGUUAUAUGCAUUGAGGACUAGCACGCAGCCAUUCCGUACUCUU